AUGGAUAGCGAUGAUCCGAGGAUACCACUUCUAGGUCACCCGCGUGGAAACCGGUUGCGACGCGCCGCCGGGAAACUGUGCAGCUUGGAGUCAUGGAAGAGACGGCUUCCGAUCACAAUCUGGCUACCCAAUUACAGCCUGGAAUGCUUAUUCCGGGAUGCCAUCGCUGGUAUAACCGUCGGCCUCACUUCUAUACCGCAAGGAAUAGCUUACGCCAUGGUCGCUGGUUUACCGCCACAGGUGGGUCUAUAUUCCAGCAUAUUCCCGGGCUUCGUGUACGUGUUCCUCGGCAGCUGUAAGGAUGUGACGGUCGGCCCUACGGCCAUAUUAGCGGCGCUGCUAGCGAAGUACGUGGCCUACUCACAAGACUUCGCUUAUCUCGCGUCUUUCCUUUCCGGAUGUAUUAUACUGUUGCUUGGUGUAUUGCAGUUAGGAUUCUUGCUUGACUUUAUCUCGAAGCCAGUUAUAAGUGGCUUCACGACAGCAGCCGCGCUGCAGAUAUCAGCCUCUCAACUAAAGUCCCUGUUUUGUAUAGCAGGAUCAUCGGGAGGAACAUUCAUUCACUCUUUAGUCAACUUUUUCAAGAACAUAAAAACGGCCCAACUUUGGGACAGCGUUCUAGGCGCAUCUUCGAUUGUUUUUCUUUUAUUAUUAAAGCGGCUGACUUUAGGCAAUUCUCUGGAAAAGGUGUGCCAGUACGUGGUUCGUGCCAGAAACGCACUCUUGGUGUUCGCAGCAUCGAUCCUCGCAUACUUAUUGCAUAGGCAUGGCUCUACGCCAUUUGCUUUGACCGGUAAAAUUGAAGGCGGGCUGCCGCAUUUUGGGCUCCCGCCUUUCAGCACGGUCGUUAACAAUCAAACGCUCGGUUUCAUGGACAUGGUCGCAGUGUUCGGGCCUGAAGGACUCGUGAUACCUCUAGUCGCUAUCUUAGAAAGCAUCGCAAUAGCUAAAGCUUUUGGAAUUAUUGAUAGUAUAAUUGUGGGCCCGUACUUCAUUGAAAGACUAUUAAUGGGUGGUAAUUAUUUGGUCAUGUUACAAGGUGUAAUUCAACAUUUCGUGGACGAUAUACACACUCCUAGUGUUACUGAGUAA